AGUACAGGAUGGAUGCGGGGAGUCAAAGCUCGUAAUGGUCUCAAGUGGAGGAAGCUACACGGGGAAGCAGAAGGAGCGUCACUAGUUGAUGUGGAACAGGAGAGGAAACGGAUGACAGAGUUGGCUGGACCAUACUCUCUGGCGGAUAUCUAUAAUAUGGAUGAGACGGGCCUGUUCUGGGCCUCUCCUCCUGACAGAACCCUAGCUAGAGAACAUCAUCAUGGUCUCAAAGGUCGCAAAUCACGGGUCACUUAUGUGCUUACCGUCAAUGCAGAUGGCUCUGAUCGACGUCCACCUCUUAGCAUUGGUGUCGCAAAACGGCCCCGCUGCUUUGGGAAGGCAAGUUAUGAAGCACUCGGCAUUCAGUGGGAAUCACAAGAAUCUGCAUGGAUGGAUCGAACCAUCUUUGCCCGAUGGCUCAUAUCUUUUGACCUUGACAUGAGGCGUACAAACCGUCAUAUACUUCUUAUGGUCGACAACUUCCGUGGACACGAAGUUCCUCCAGGGAUCACCAACAUCCGAGUAGAAUUCUUUGCCCCAAACCUCACUGCCCAUGUUCAACCCCUUGAUGCUGGUAUUAUUGCUGCAUUCAAAGCACAUUACCGCAAACAGUUUUGCCGAAGAGCUCUUCACCGAUUUGGAGAGGGCAAACGAGGUAAUGCAUGCUACUCUCUAAACAUUCUUGAAGCAAUCAGGAUGGCGGAGGAAGCAUGGGGGGAAGGUGUUCAAGUGCAGACUAUAGUGAAGUGCUUUCGGAAAACA